UGUGUGAGCUGAUUUUGUGUCUGUGAUGCCUUCUAAAGACUUACACUCUUAUCUCAUUCUUGAUCUCUGCUCUCUCCAUCUCCCACUUCAACUGUAUCGCUCACAUUUCCUGAAGCCACUUCCCCAGGAAACCACUGCAGAACACAGAUCCCUAAAACUACGCAACACAUUCCAGUCCACCAGCCACUGCAUGUGAAGUGUGUGUGAGACAGAGAGAGAGAGAAAGAAAGAGAGAAAGAGAAAGAGAGUGUGUAUGUGUGUGUGUCUGUGAGAGUGUGUGUUGUAUUUCAGUCUGUGAAUAUGGCAGACGCGUUUCUGAAAGAGCAGGACUCGUUCUUCUGUCCGAUCUGUCUGGACCUGCUGAGAGACCCGGUCGCCAUUCCCUGCGGACACAACUACUGCAUGGGCUGCAUAAACAGCUACUGGGACCAGGACGAGCAGAGAGGCUGGUACAGCUGCCCCCAGUGCAGACAGACGUCCCCACAGAGGCCUGUGCUCAACAAAAACCCCCUGAUUAGUCAUCUGGUGGAUAGGGUGAGGACAAGACUGGCUGCUGCUUCAUCCACCCGCCAUUCCUUUAUUCCUGGACACGUAAAGUGUGAGUUUUGCUCUACUGUCAAGCGCAAGUCUGUCAGAUACCGUGCUGUAGAUGAAGGCUCAGACACUGAGGCGGGCUGCCAAGUGUCUGCAGAAGUAGGACCAGAAGGUAAACAUGAGGUGUUGGGUGCAGUCGAGCAGCUGAGAGACAACAUCUGGACUCACAGCGAGAAGCUUCUGGAGGUUUUCUGUCACUCCCAGCAGCAGUGUCUCUGCUAUCUGCGCCCAACAGACGGACACAUGAGCCUGCAGGUAGUCACGGCGACUGCAGAGCCAACUGUCAAACAGAGGGAGUUCCAUAAAUCACAUACAAAAUUUCAGCAGAGAAUCCAGGAGAGAGAGAAGGAGCUGCAGGAGCUGAGGACGGCUGUGGAGACUCUCAAGUGCUGUGCCCAGGCUGCUGUGGAGGACUGUGAGAGGAUCUUCAGUGGCCUCCUGCGCUCCAUAGAGAGAAGAGCUGAGGAGAAGGCCAAGCUGCAGCAGGCUGAAGAGCUCCUGAGGAGGCUGGAGGAGGAGAUCGGUGAGCUGAGGAAGGACGCUCGUCUGGGCCGGCGCCCCCUCUCACUCAACACAAGCCAUCUCCCUCAGACUUCUCAGCCUGUGUGUGACCCUCAUGGCAGUAAAGGUGUUCCCACCAUCAAGGUCAACCAGCACUUUGCCUUUGAUCAGGUGAAGCAGUCUGUCACUGAACUGACAGAGAGACUGGGAAACUUUUUGAUUAAAGUUCAGAGUGUUCUGCCUCCUGAACCUGAGACCAGAGAUGAGUUCUUACAGUAUUCCCGACCUUUGACCCUGGACCCAAACACGGCGCACAGGGAGCUUUGCCUGUCUGAGGGCAACAGGAGGGUGACACACUGUGACGAGUACCAGCCCUACCCCUCUCACCCCGACCGCUUUGAUGGCUGGGAGCAGGUGCUAUGCAGAGAGGGGACGUGUGGACGCUGCUACUGGGAGGUGGAGUGGAGUGGGGAGGAGGUCUCCGUCGCCGUCUCUUACAAAGACAUCAGCAGGAAAGGACACGGCCAUGAAUGUGGCUUUGGAUGCAACGAUCAGUCCUGGAGCCUGGACUGCUCCAAAUCUGCUUACUCUUUCAAACACAAUAGCGAGGAGACUGAACUCCCUCUAGUGGCCAGCUCCAGAAUAGGAGUGUAUGUGGAUCACAGGGCAGGAACUCUGGCCUUCUACAGCAUCUCUGACUCAAUGACCCUCCUGCACAGAGUCCAGACCACAUUCACUCACACACUCUACCCUGGGUUUUGGCUUGGCUUCGAUUUCCAUUAUGGUCAGUCAUCAGUUACACUCCUCUGAACCACAGCUCAGAUUAAUGCAACACACAGGAUAUAAUUGGCAGUAAUUCAGUGAAUGACAAGCAACCACACACACACACACACACACACACACACACAC